GGUGCGAGUGAGCGAGUGAGCGAGACCUACAGCGGCUGCUCCUACCCGGGGUCCCCGACUCUCCCCCUCGGCUUAUUACUGUUUUCCACUGUCAGCUCCAGGUGAUUUGUGUGUAACGACUGGGCGCUCCUAUGUGGGUGUCUCACUGAUCUGACUGAGGAGCCCGAGGAGUGCGACUGACACCUGACACCCCCAAAUAACUGCAACUCUCGGGGAGACAUGGGAUUUGGGGAAAAGGAUCUUCUCCUGGGGGCUCUCAUUUGCCUGAUGUCCACUGUUCUCUGCAUGCCCCCAGAAUGUAACAUCAUGGUGGAGAUCGCCCGGAAACACGAGGAAUGCUUUCAAAUGUCUGAACCUGAAAACCAAACAUCAGGCUGUAGAGUAAUGUGGGACAACAUAACGUGUUGGAGAUCGGCGAACAUAGGAGAAGUGGUGGUAAUGCCGUGCCCUGAUUACUUUGGCUUUUUCUUGAACAAACAAGGGAAUGUUUCCAGAAAUUGUACAGAUGAAGGCUGGACUGAUAUUUCUCCAGCUCCCUAUGCAAUGGCUUGUGGCUAUGAUACCAACAGCACCCCAAGCAGCCAGACUGAAUUCUUCUGGAUGAUAAAGACCGGAUAUACCAUCGGACACAGCGUAUCCCUUAUUUCUCUCACCGCAGCAAUGAUCAUCUUGUUUUUAUUCAGAAAGCUGCACUGCACUAGGAAUUACAUCCACAUGCACCUCUUCAUGUCGUUCAUAAUGAGAGCCAUCGCCGUGUUCGUUAAGGACAUUGUCCUCUUUGAGAGCGGAGAAUCCGACCACUGCUUUGCGGGCUCAGCUGGCUGCAAGGCUGCCAUUGUCUUCUUCCAAUACUGCAUCAUGGCCAACUUCUUCUGGCUGCUGGUGGAAGGCCUGUACCUACACACACUAUUGGUCAUCUCUUUCUUUUCAGAGAAGAAGUAUUUUUGGUGGUACAUUCUCAUUGGCUGGGGUGCGCCUACAGUAUUUAUCACCGCCUGGACUGUUACCAGGAUCCAUUUUGAUGAUUCUGGGUGUUGGGACUCAAUUGACUCCCCUUUCUGGUGGAUCAUCAGAGCUCCUAUUUUGAUUUCCAUAUCGGUAAAUUUUAUUUUUUUCAUCUGCAUCAUAAGGAUCUUAGUACAGAAGCUGCACUCCCCCGAUGUUGGAAGGAAUGAGAACAGCCAGUAUACGAGACUGGCCAAAUCCACCCUUCUGCUCAUCCCUUUGUUCGGAGUUCAUUAUAUCAUGUUUGCAUUCUUUCCCGAUAACUUUAAAAUGGAGAUCAAGUUGAUUUUUGAACUAGUCCUCGGAUCAUUCCAGGGUUUUGUUGUGGCUAUCCUCUACUGUUUCCUUAAUGGAGAGGUUCAAGGGGAACUGAAACGGAAAUGGAGAAGGUGGCAUCUGGAAAGGUUUUUGGGAUCAGAUAUGAAAUACCAUCACCCAUCUUUGGGUAGCAAUGGAACUAACUUCAGUACACAAAUUUCUAUGUUGACGAAAUGCAGUCCAAAAACCAGAAGGUGUUCCAGCUUUCAAGCAGAAUUUUCUUUAGUCUGAUGUCUAAUACCGAUAUAGAACUAUAGGACCAGACAUUUUAUCAGUGAGGGCAUCAUCAUCAUAAUUUAGAGAAUGACUCUGCUCCAUUGGAGGUCUGAACAGAUUUGAUCUGGAAUUGCACUUUAAUACAUUGCAGUCCAAAAACCAGAAGGUGUUCCAGCUUUCAAGCUGAAUUUUCUUUAGUCUGAUGUCUAAUACCAAUAUAGAACUAUAGUACCAGAGAUUUUAUCAGUGAGGGCAUCAUCAUCAUAUUUUGGAGAAUGACUCUGCUCCAUUGGAGGUCUGAACAGAUUCUAUCUGGAAUUGCACUUUAAUAGGUUGCAGGACCAUUGGAAUGUCUAUAAGCUUUGAGUCGUCUGUGACUGGCAGGACCAUUAAUAUUUUGUUAAAUACAUCGCAAAAGACAGAAGACUUCAAUGGCUUGGCUUCAUACUGGAAGGUCUUUUAAUAGUUGUUCAGACAAGAUGGUCUCAUUUAAGAUGAAAAAAAAAACUUUUUACUGAGCCUAAAAAAUAUAUAUUUUAUUUAGUUUAAAAAAACUUGCAAAAAUGUGCGGCUGAAGUGCUAGAAGAAUUGGCUCCCGAUGCCAAUACCAUAUAAGCUAAACUGAGCUGAACUUACAGUAAUGACCACCAUGUGAGUGGGCAGAGACAUGUACAAUAUGUUUUAAAUACUAGGUGAUAUAAAUGAUAAAUAUGCAGGCAUUAAGUUAAAAUCUAUGUGCCAACCUCCAUCAAUGUGCCAAACUCCAUCAGUGUGCCAACCUUUCCAGGGGUUGAAUCCCUUUUCCACAGUUUUUUUUAUGGAGUUUAAUUUGGGAGAUUUAAUAUACAGGUAUGGGACUUGUUAUCCAGAAUGUGCGGGA